GCCAAUAUAUCCAAAUCGUACGUCAGAUGAGAUUUUUAACACUAACCCUAUAUGUAUUAAGAUUAAUCCAACUGUACUACUUAUAUAAAUGAACAACCCCAUCAAUCUUUCUACACUACCCAAACUACCCCACAAGUAUACAAACUGUACACAUUUUCUCUCUCAUUCUUCAACCAUUUUUCAUUACUGCUCCUUUUUCCCCCAAUCCCUUUUGCUCUUCUGAUUCCGUCGAAAUAUUUCGAAUUCAAUUCAUUUUAGGCGAAAGAGACGAUUAUAAUUUCCACAACGAUGUGCGCCAUCGCCGUCGUCCGACCUCAGGAUCAUCUUCGUCAGCCGAAUGGUUCCCGUCGAAGCCCUGCUAAUUCCAUCCCCAACAACGUUUUCAGUUUCAGAUCUAAUCGUCGGAAACGGAGCCCUACCAGGGUUGAAUCAACCGGUCAGGACCGGUUUAGGUCAUCUAAUUCGAAUCGCAAGUCGCCGGACUCUUCUCCUUCUCCUUCCCCUCCCAAGAGUAAUCUCGUCAUGGGCCAAGUUAAGAUCCUGAAACGCGGAGAGGCUUUACCGGACUCGAUGAUUGAUGGCAAGAAGCCUGUUCCGCCUCCGGCUCCUCGUGCAACUCCGGCUAAGGAGAUUAAGAAAUUAGGGUUUGCUGCUCGCCGCAACGACGAUGAAUUGGUUUUAUGUUCUACGGGUCGGUUGGGACCUGAUCCGAAGACGGUUCAGAUGCAAAUUAGGGCGUCCGAUUUUUAUGCUGGACCAGCCCCGAUUGUUGCUUCCCCGCCUCCGAGCUCCCUUCCGUUGCCGGCAUUCUUCCGCAAAGAGAAGAUGAAAAUUGAUGCUGCUACCAACGACCUCCUCCGCUUGUUGAGGCUUGAUAUAUCGUGAACCUUACACUCUUCCCAUCACUUGGAUUCCUCUGAGGCCGAAUCGGAUUGAUAUGUUUACAUUGGGUGAGUUUGUUUUGCUUGCUUCAUUCAUCGUACAUUUUUUUACCAAUCAGGAAGGAUGAUGGUAAGCAAAACAGGGGCAUUACACAAACUUGCAGAGAAAAAAGCACAAGCUGUUAUUCAGUAUUACUACGUUUCAAUGCAUGAAUGGAGGAGAGCAGUAUAAGGCUUUAAACUUGUGAACGAGGUUUGGGACGCUGCUUUGGUAUUUUCAAUGAAUUAGGACACAAUGUGUAAAUUCUUCCAAGCCUGAUAGUAUUUGAUGAUACUUCAUGGUACUGCAACAUUUCUUCUGUUGGUAGAUUAUCAGAAUAAGUGGAUGCUUCUUUUGUGGAACAUCUGGAGUAGUGAUGAUAAGAAUAAGUGGAUGCUUCUUUUGUGGAACAUCUGGAAUAGUUAUUACUAUGAUGAUAUAGCUCAUAAGAAUCCGUUUAGUAGAGGGGUAACCUCUUCUCAAUUGUAAGCUUAUAUUCUAUUGUAAUAAGACAUAAUUUACUAUGAUCCUUAUGUUUUGUUUCUGGCCAAACUUUUGUGGUAUUAACUUUUCCAAUUCAAUGCAAAUGUGAACUGUUCAUCAACAAUGCUUCAAAAAGAUGACAGAAAUGCUAUUCGUUAGGACUGAUUGAUAUAUGCAUCUAAACUUGCUCUUCUAAGCUGGGCACAAUUUCCUUAGCAGUUUCCUGCGGUGCUGCUCGGUACUCGCAUGGAUGAGGAUCUCGAAAGCUCUGCAUAUAAGGGGUGUGAAUGCUUUAUCAGAUUCAUAAAUUUCUGGUGUAGCAGAACUUCACAGCUACAGUGAGGGAUUUAAUUUUCAUUCACUUUAGCAAAAUAGUGGACUUAUUGAGAAACAGCAUCAGUUUUUACUCUAAACAGAUUCUGGAAAGUGUUUUACCGUAGUGAACAGAGAGGUGUAGUAGAUUAUAGGAUAGUUAACUUAAUUAGCUAUGAUGGC